AUGCUCCGACGUAUUUCCCUCCUGCUGACCCUUCUGCUUAUAAGCUCCAUCCAUGCCAAAGAGCGACUGCGUCGCCAAUUCGCCCAGACCAGCGUCCUUAAUGAGAAUGGCGACCUAGUCCUGCCCACGGAGGGUAAAGCCGAACUGCAGCGCCAGAUGGCCCAGUUCCCGCUGGAAGCCUUCCUGAACCGGCUCCGGCGUGCCGCUCCCGAGAUGAUGCGGCAGUUCGGCAUGAUGCCGGGGAUGUUCGGGAUGAUGCCGGGCAUGGGCGGCGGUAUGCCGGGGAUGGGCGGUGGAAUGCCCGGUAUGGGCGGAGGCAUGCCCGGCAUGGGUGGUGGUAUGCCGGGAAUGGGCGGCGGAGGGAUGCCGGGGAUGGGUGGUGGUCAAGGCGGAGGUCAACAGCAAAGCCAGGAGCAGCAGUGGCAGCAGGCCUGCGCCUUCGCGCCCCAGCUGAACCUCUUCAAUCAGCCAGCCGUCAACCCCUUCCCCAAUGACCCCUGGUUCGCCUCGCAGAUCCAGUGGCAGAACCAGCUGAACGCCAACGCCAUCAACCAGUUCCAGGGCAUCUGCUCCUUCGUGGGCCAGCAGGGCGGCGGUCGACCGGGCGGUAUGCCAGGUGGAAUGCCGGGUGGAAUGCCGGGUGGUAUGCCGGGUGGUAUGCCGGGAAUGGGCGGUGGAAUGGGCGGUGCCAUGGGUGGUCGUCCCCCCAAUCCUGGUGGUCGGCCCACUGGUGGCCGGUUUUAA